AUGCCUAACUCUACGCCUAAUAUUAUGUCCAACUCUACUAUACCUAAAUCUAUAUCUAACAUGUUUAACAUGUUUAACUCUAUAUCUAAAUCAAUAUUGAAAAGUAAUCGUCAAAAAAAUAAAGAUUCUAAAAGCUCUUCUAAAAGUUCUACCUCUUCCAAAGAUUCUUCUAAAAGUUUUUCAAGAUUAUCUUUCAAAGAUUUUAUCAAGAGAAGAGGUCAUAUGAAUGUUUCUACUAGUAACUUCAGAUAUAUUAGUGAUAAAGACACAGAUUACAAUAAUCAUACUAAGCAAAUAGAAAAUUAA